CGCGUGCGCGUGCGCAGGGGAGGCGCUGAGCGGCGCGGAGCUGCGCGUGGGGGCGCUGCUGCUGCGCUGGCUGCAGCUACUGCAGUUCAACGCGCACGAAGUGUACGAGACGCGCAUGCUCGCCAAGGGCCGCUUCAGGGGCGCCAAGCCCGUGUACGUCGGCGUCGCCAUCUACCCCUCCGCCGCGCUCUGCAACCACGAGUGCUACCCCGGCCUCGCCAGGUACUUCGUGGGCACGACGCUAGUGCUGCGCGCCCUGCGGCCGCUGCGGGCAGGCGACGCUCUGGCGGAGAACUACGGCCCCGCCUUCGUCAAGUUCCCGCUCGCCUCGCGCAAGAAGGCGCUGCUGUCGCGCUACUGGUUCAAUUGCACAUGCUCCACGAAGGGCUGUUCCCAACUAGUGCGACUGUCUCAGGACGUCCUUGAGCAGCCCCAGCAGCAGCAGCAGCAGCAGGGUUCGAAGAAAAAGAAAAAGCAGCCGCAACCGCCGCCGCAGGCGUCCGUCAAGUGCAAGGGCUGCCAGCGGCGCGUGGGCGUGGCGGAGGCGGCGCGCGAGGUGCAGGAGGCCGAGCGCACCUACGCCGACGCGCUGGACCGCAUGGAGGCGGGCGACGCGCAGGGCGCAGUGCCCCUCUUUUGCGCAUACGUCGACCGCCUGCACGCGCUCGGCCACCCGCCCAGGAAGAACCUGCACCUCGCGCAGGAGGCUCUGCGCAUCUGCAUGGCCGACGCUGGCAACACGUGGGUCGCGCCCGACAAGGACUGA